AUGUCAGAGCCCUCUAUGAACGCUAUGGAUCACGGCUCAAACGACCCCAACGCACCUAAUCACAAACGCAAACGCGAAGCUAUGGAUUCCGGCGACGUUCAACGUCUUCGCUCUGCCCACGGGCCUAACAAUGGUUCGGCGACCGGCUCGCCCUUCGACGUCAACCUUCAGGCUACUGAAAACUACGGCUAUGAUGCCCACGGUAUGCCCAACAACGCCACCGACCUGAGCCACAUCGACCAGCAGCUCUUGCAGGCCGUGGGUAAUCAGAACGGUGUCUCAGAUGAGAAUGCCAUGACUGCAAAGGCCGCUCUCGCUGCCCAUCAGCCCGAGUCCAAGUACCCCCCUCCUGAGCCAUCCUUCGAUGGCAACGGGCUUGGAAACAACCUCAACUUCGGUCAAGAUGUCGGCCAGGUUUCCAUGGGAGGCGUUCAGGGCCAUACCUCUACUGCUGCCGCCGUGUACGCCGCACGCGAGGCCCAGGCACAGGCUGCUCAGCAGAUCAGCCCGAAGCCGACUGUCGGGUCUGUUGAAUGGCACCAGGUGCGAAAGAACAACCACAAAGAAGUCGAACGUCGUCGUCGUGAGACCAUCAAUGAAGGCAUCAACGAAAUCGCCAAGAUGGUGCCAGGCUGCGAGAAAGCCAAGGGCUCUAUUCUCCAGCGCGCCAUCCAAUACAUUGCCAAGCUGCAAGAAGACUCCAAAGAGAUGGCUGCCCGCUUCGACACUACCAACAUGACCACUAACCAGGCCAUCACCGAGAUCAGCACACAGAACGCCAAGCUCAAAAAUGAGAUCAACGUCCGUAGCGACAUUGCUGCCAAAUGGAUCCAGCGCUGCCGUGACGCGGGGCUCAAUUUUGACGACUAUGAUGAUGAAAAGAGCCUGGGCAAGGUUCCAGUCGACGAGUCCCAUAAUAUUUAA